CUUACAGUAAAAUGACGUAACAAGAAGAAAGCUACACAAGCCUUCAUCAACUCAAAACUGAAACUGUAGCUGUGCAUUUGAAUCUUACUUUAGACAAAGGAUGGACACACAACAAAAGGACUGGUUUAUCACGUGAUCUGAAUGGAGAACAGGUAUGGCGCGUGUCCCAGAGCUGCUCUUGGAAACUUUAGAGGAACUCGUUGAUAAUGAGCUGAGGACCUUCCAGUGGUUUCUUUACAGCGAUGUUAACGACGGAUUCCCUCAUAUUCCAAAGUCAAAGCUUGAUGGGGUGGACAGGCUGGGCACUGUGGAUGUUUUGGUUCGGACAUAUGGCUACGACGAUGCCGUUACUGUCACGGUGGAUAAACUGACGAGGAUGAGACUAAAACUGUGGGCUGAAACAUUACAGAAGAAGUAUGAGGAAGUUCCAAGCAAUCAAAAAGGCAAAGAAACCAACCACCAUGCAAUCCGAGACAAACUGAAAUCCACUCUGAGGGAAAAGUACCAAAACAUAUACUUGGGGAAUGCAGUGGAAGGGGAGACUGUCUACCUCAACAAAAUCUAUACUGAAUUGCACCUUAUCGAAGGAGCUUGGGGAGGCUUCAGCGAGGAGCGUGAGGUCAGACAGCAGAGGUUCAACCAUGUAACAACAGAGGAAACAUCAAUUAAAUCUAGCAACAUUUUUAAACCCAACUCCAACCAAGAGAAGCGAAUCAGAACUGUGCUCACCCAGGGUAUCCCAGGAGUGGGCAAAACUGUCUGUGUGCAGAAGUUUACCCUGAGCUGGGCGGAAGGAGAGGAAAAUCAGGACAUCACCUUCAUCUUCCCACUUCCUUUCCGUGAACUGAAUCCCAACAUAGGGGAAAGCGACUACAGUAUGAUGCAGCUGCUCCACCAGUUCUUCCCUGACAUGAAAACCCUUGAGACACUCGGGAAAGAAUGCAAAGUCUUGUUCAUCUUUGAUGGCCUCGAUGAGACCCUCCUGCCUUUGAGCUUCAAGCACAACAAGGUCUUGAGGGACGAGACAGAGCCAGCCUCAUUGGAUGUCCUGAUCACGAACCUCAUCACGGGAGAUCUGCUCGGUAACGCCCUCAUCUGGAUCACAUCCAGACCUGUCGCAGCAAGCCGUAUCCCGCGAAAACAUAUAGACCAGUGGACAGAAGUCAGGGGCUUUACUGAUGAACAGAGGGAGGAGUACUUUAAGAGGAGUUUGCGUGAUGACAACCUGGCCAUCAGAAUUAUCAAACAUGUGAAGUCAUCAAGGAGCCUCUACACCAUGUGUCAAAUACCAGUUUUCUGCUGGAUCACAGUCACUGUGAUGAAGAAAAUGUUGCGUGACGACUUGACAGGAGGCAUGCCCAACACCCUGACCGAGAUGUACGCAUAUCUCCUUUUGUGCCAGACAGACAGGAUGAUAGAAGGUCACUACCCAAUGGAGAGUGCUAAUGUUGCUUUGAAGCUGGCAGAGCUGGCUUACCGUCAAUUGGAGAAGGGCCAACUGAUCUUCUAUGAGGCUGACCUGAAAGAAUGUGGUAUGGAUGUGAAAGAGGCGACUAUCUACUCAGGAGUUUGCACAGAGGUAUUUGUGAUGGAUGGAAGGAGACGGCAAGAAGUUUUUAGCUUCGUACAUUUAACCAUUCAGGAGUUUCUUGCAGCUGUGUACGCCCAUCACUCCUACGUGCAAAGAAGGGACAAUGUUGUUCUUGGAUACCUGAAACGGAUGUCUACAAGAUGGCUCCCCAAGUCAGUGUUCAAAUUUCACAAGACAGCCAUCGAGAAAGCCUUACAGAGUAAGGACGGCCGCUGGGAUCUCUUCCUUCGCUUUCUCAUGGGACUGUCGCUGAAGUCAAACCAGGAGCUCCUGGUAAAAAUACUGGACAUGAAAGCCGAAGGAGAGGAGGAUGUUGCAAGAACUGUGGAGUUUAUCAAAAAUAAGAUCAAAGAGGACCCAGAGGCCAAGCUGAACCUGUUCCAUUGCCUCAGUGAGCUCAAAGAGGAGUCCUUGGUGCAGGAGAUCCAGAACUUUGUGAGUUCUGGGACGCUCGCAGCCAAAACAUUGUCUCCAGUUCAGUGGUCUGCGCUCACAUUUGAACUGAUGACAUCAGAGGCGACAGAGGAGGAGUUUGACUUGAAGAGGUACAUACGAUCAGAAGAAGGAGUCGUGAAGCUGCUGGCUGUCAUUAUUUCAUACACACGUGCUCUACUAAAUUGCUGCAACCUCACUGAAAACUGCUGCACAGAUUUGGCCAUCGCAAUGAGCUCGACCUCCUCUCACCUGACAGAGCUGGACCUGAGUGAAAACAGCCUGAAGGAUUCAGGGGUGAAACUGCUUUCUGUUGGAUUGGGAAAUCCACACUGUAAACUGAAGAGUUUAAGAUUACAUAAGUGUAAACUGGAAGGAGACUGCUGUGAAGCACUGGCUGUUGCUCUCUGUACAGAGUCGACCCAACUCAGAGAACUGGACCUGAGUGCUAAUGACUUCCAGAAAUCAGGAGUAAGGGGUCUCUGUGUAGGACUGUGCAGCCAUCACUGCAAGCUGGAAACGCUAAGGUUGAAUCAGUGCAAGCUGAUCGACAGCUGCUGUAAAGAUCUGGCUUCAGUUUUAAGUACAGGCUCAUCUCACCUGAAAAAUCUUGACCUGAGCGACAACACUCUGAAAGAUUCUGGUGUAGCUCACCUUGCUGUUGGACUGAGAAGUCCGCAAUGUGGACUGGAAACACUCAGGCUCAGCUGGUGUGGCCUUACACAGAAAUGCUGCGAUCACAUCGGCUCAGCUCUCAGCUCCGACUCUGCUCACCUCAGAGAGCUGGACCUGGCAGGAAACAACCUGCAGGGUCCAGACAUACAGCUGCUGUGUGCUGGACUGAGAAGCCCACACUGUAAACUGGAGACAUUAAGAUAUUUAAGACACAACAUAUUCUCCAACCACAGGGUAACUGAGGGCAAUCUCCAGAAAUGCUGUGCUGAUUUUGCUUCAGUCCUUUGCUCUGACACCUCUUACCUGAAAGAACUUGAUCUGAGUGGAAACGACCUGGAGGACCCAGAGGUGAAGCUGCUCUCUGCAGGGCUGGCGAGUCCACACUGUCAACUGGAGACAUUAAGGCUGUCUUUCUGCGGAGUCACUGAGGAGGGAUGCACUUUUUUGGCUUCAGCGCUGAGCUCCAACCCAUCCCACCUGAGGCAGCUGGACCUCAGCUACAACCACCUGCAGGACUCUGGGGUGAAGCUGAUCUCUCUUUACCGGGAUAACCCGCUGUGUAAACUGGAAAAACUCAGUGUGGACCAUGACGCAGAGUGCUACUUGAAAUCAACACUGAAAAAAUAUGCAUGCACAUUGACGUUUGACACAAACACAGCUGCCCAGUCUCUCUUCCUGCACGACGGAGGGAAGCAGGUGACGUGGGUCAGGCAAAUACAGCAGCACCCGGGCCACCCCGAGAGGUAUGAGAGCGUCUCCCAGGUCCUCUGUCACCAAGGCCUCACCCGACGCCACUACUGGGAGGUGGAGUGGCGAGGGCGCUGGGUGGAUGUCGCCGUGGCGACGAGGGGGAUCCGUCGAAGGGCAAGCCCUUACCUCUGUGCGUUUGGCAACACAGACCAGUCCUGGAGUCUGUACUGCUCCGAGGAUCACUACAGCGUUCAGCACGACCACCAGUCUGUGAGGAUAGCGGCACCUCUGCGUCGCUCCAACAGGGUCGGCGUCUUUCUGGACUGGCUGGGUGGCACCCUGUCCUUCUACAGCGUCUCCUCCGGGACACUCAGUCACAUUUACACUUUCUACAGCCCUUUCACCGAGCCACUGUACGCCGGCUUUGGGAUGGAGGAGGAAGACUGCUCUGUAAUCAUUUGUACAGAGGAGGACGUCCCACAAAUUAUUUCUCGCCCAGCUAGUGCAAAAGGAAUCGAUGAAUAUUAAACUCGGGUGAUAAGGGAAAUCAUUUCAGAUUUUUUGGGGGGAGGGUUUGGGGUUUUUCCGCUCACAGAGGGCGGCUGCAAAGGUGGAGAACGACAUGUAGAGUUCUGCAUUUUGAGUCAUGUUGCCCAACACAGUGGUUUUUGUCAUGUCCCAAUCUGCAAUUUGAGUUAUGUGUUCCUUUCAGUCCCAUCUCCUGUUUUUGAUUUGGUGAACUCACGUUUCAGGCCCCCGCUUCCUGCCAUUGUGUGUCUCCUACUCCUGUGAUUGUCUGCCCCGCCCUAGUGCGUUUCACUUGGUGCAAUUAUCUCCACUCCUCUUGUGUAUUUAGUCAGUCUUUGUUUGUAUGCAAGCGUCCCAGCGAUUUUCCAGUUUAGCUAUAAGAAUAAGUUUGUAAUAUUGACCAUAUUAUGUAAAGUUCCUCGAGAUGAUGUAUGUUGUGUCUUGGCGCUAUGCAAAUGAAAUUGAGUUGAAUUGAAUAGCCUUCUUAGUGUUUUGUUUGUGUUCAUUGGCUGCCUUACCUAUGUACCAACCUGAACUUCGAAUUAAAGGACACUGUUAUUUGCA